GUUGCCGCAGCCGCUGCGUUUUCAUCCAUCAGGGCACGGUCGACAUGAUGGACGGCAGAAAGCCGUCAUUGUUCAGCGUGGGCAAGUGCCUCAAUCCAACAUGUGGAGCUUCCACCCUGAACCAGUACGUCCACUACUGCGAUCGGUGGGCAUGCCAAUUGCUUCGUGGCUUGCUGCUCACUUGCGAGGCAUUCGGAAAUGAAGACACGCAGACGUUGGAGGCGCCAUACCGUGCCGAAAUGGCUGAGAACGCUGAAACAGAGGACGACAACGAAGAGGUCAUGGUGCAUUCUGUGAUUUCGUCAAAGAAGCGACCUCUCGAGGAGUCGCAUGGCGCGUCCAGAGCUGAAGGCCCAGUCAACACUGCUCCUCCUCCGGACGUCACACUUGCUGCCCAUGCUCCUCCUCAGAUGCCCAACGACGACCAGUAUAAGAUCCCCAAGAAGAAACGUGACGUAGUAGUCGACAACGUACCAAUUCCCAAGAGAAAGCGCCAAGACAUGCCGCGACGGACAGACCCUCGUCGACCGACGACGUCCAGCCACGACCGAACUCGUCCAGGCGCCGCGGCCGCCGCUCCGUCCAACCCAUUCGAGCGUCUCGGACCCAAUAGCAGCAUAUUCAGCCAAGGGUACGAGAACUCGGCCGCGAACAAGAAGGCUGACAAAAACACGAUCAUCUUUCAACCGGGCGAUAAUGGGCAAUCGCCGCAUCCACGGCACAAACACCCCACGGCGACGGCAGGUGCCAAGGCAGUUCCAUCCAUCGACCCGAGUGUACCAAGACGGGUUUCGUUCCAUUCUGAAUGGAUUCAGCCAGCGUCCACGAACCUCAGGCGUGUUGUCGAGCCCGUUCCAAUUCUAAAGAUGCCAGACGACAGCUCGCGAAAACCGGCGGCAGGAUCUAGAACCAACGGUGACCGCCCUGUGGCAACGGGUGGUCGGUCAACGCCAGCUGACACGGACAGGAACCAGGGCCGUGGCGGGGCAUCCAAGAACCAAACGAUAUCCAUGACAGAGUACAAAAAAGCCCGGCAGGCAGCGACGGUGGAGGACGAUAAGGACGCGGCCAACAAAGUGAAGGAACGACCAACGGACCCACGUCGUGCGAUGAAGCGUCCGGACGCCGCUACAACCGCUGCACUACCUCCACCUCCUCCAACGCAAUCUCCUCAAGCGUUGUCGCAUGUGUCAGCACAGCCAUCCGCAGUUGGCAAUUCAACGUCCUCGUUGCCACCGAGUAAAGCGACACCCCGGCCGCUUCCACCCACUGACCCACGCAAAAAACAACCCGUUCCCGCUCCCCUGGCAUCCUCUGCCACCCCUUCCCCAGCCAAUGUACCCGCAAACAGGCCACACGACCCACGAGCGCGCCCUCCGGUUGGUGCAAUACUUCCAACUCCCGUCGACACCCCCCGAGCAACGGACCUCCCGCCUUCUGCCGAGCCCGCCCACAGCUCACCGCGGCAAGACGUCAACAUGGACGAAGCCGACGACGACACUUCGUGGAUGUUGGAAACUCCGCCAUCCAAGUAUGCGACCGGCGCAUCCAGCGCGGCGGCGUCCGCCCUACCGAGCGACAAGUAUGACAUCGACAUGAGUGGCGUGCACGACGCAGGAGACUCGUACGGCGACGACGAAGACAGUGAUGACGGCCACUCCGACGUCAGGAGAACUCGGAACGGUCCAGAGCCGUCGCUCCACCCCCUCGAAGGAGAGUACAUCGAAGAAGAAUACGGCGAGGACGAAGUCGACCAAGAGCGGCCCCCGUUGGCCGUCCUUAAGUUGGCACCUGAUGACCUGUACAAUGUCGUGUGGCUGCUCUACGGCCGGGUGCACACGGCUCUCGUCAGCACGAAGCCUCCGCUAACGAAGAAAGCCGACUCGCAUGCCCACUUAAUGUCCCUCGUGCGAGAUGUCGAAGCGAUUCGCGACGCGCCGAUUCGAGUGACGUUUGACAUCCGCGACCGCAUGCGAGGGCACGAUUCCCGCACCGAAGUGAGCGUACGGGUUGGCAGUCACCUGAUCAUGCACUACCUCGACAAGGGCUCCGAGUACACGGCGCUGCGCUCUGUCUUGCCCGCGCUGUACAUGCAGUGCUGGGUGUGGAACAUGAUUGUAAACAAUGUGCAGGCGGGCCUGUACAACACCCUGGACCAAGUGCUCAAGAAGUCGCGGUACUACGAGUUCAACGCGGACGAGGGAGAGGACGAAGGGUCGCGCGUACUCGACGAUGGCUCGGUCUGCUACUUCAAAUGCAUCUUUCGACUCCAACUUGGCCACGGCACCCACGAAAGUGAUGUCGAGAUCGCCAAAACGAGAUGCUACGACAGCGCGUGGACGUUGUUGCAAGCAAUGUGCAGCCGCAUCUCGUUUAUGUACCGCCCGCUCGAGGAUGGUCGCGACGACAAAGGCGUCGGACCAGAUCGCCCCAAUGGCGACAACGCCGCCGCCGCCAACAUGACGUCGUCGAUGGCCCAAAUGAAAGUCGACGGAGGAGUCAACUAUAUCCCAGUAGCGCCAGCAUCCACCACCAACGAAACCCGUCUCGCGCACAAAGAGCGCGACGACGACUCGCCUGGGUCGUCCCCGAUUUACGCUCCCCCCAUUGUCCUUGGUCGGCUUCCUGACCAGUUUUCCGACGACGACGAUGAUAUUUACGCGUAACUCGAAGUUCGUGCCCCUGGAGCUGACCCGUAACGCAGUCGGCGCCUUUGCCCAUGUAGAACGUCAUGUGUUCGCUGCGGGUCGAGUUGGCCAGCGCGCCGGCCAUGAGUGUUGGGCCUGUAGUUCAAUGAAACCAUGCAGGGUGGACGUCCCCAUCGCG